GCCGCUGUCGCAGGCCGAGAAGGGCGCCAUCCUGCACCGCCACAACGUGUACCGGUCGCAGAUCGCGUCCGGCGUGGUGCCCGGCCUGCCCGCCGCCGCCUCCAUGCUGCAGAUGACCUGGAGCGACGAGGUGGCCGGUCUGGCCCAGCGGUGGGCCGACCAGUGCUCCUUCGGCUACGACGAGUGCGCCAAGACUGACGCCUUCCGGCUCGGACAGAGCAUGGCCAUCUGGUACAGCCAGGACCCGCAGCUGUUCCCCGCGCCCGAGGGCAGAGUGGAGGGCUGGUUCAACGAGCGGCAGCAGGCCAACCUCACCUCGCUCGUCGAGGCCUUCACGUUCGCGCCCACCACGGCCGCCUUCACGCAGCUGGCGUGGGCCGACACGUGGCUGCUGGGGUGCGGCCGGUCGCGGUACUCGUCCGUGGGCGUGCUCACCGAGGUGCUGGUCUGCAACUACGGCCCCAGCGGCAACGUGCCCGGCGGCCGCGUCUACACCCCCGGCGCCGCCUGCUCGGCCUGCCCGGCCGCCUGCUCGCCCACCUACCCGGGGCUGUGCGUCACCACCGCCGGCUGAGGGGAGAGGCCCCCGGUGCUGUGCUUCGACUAGAGACCAGAGCUGCCUCUGCCUGACUGUGAUGUGUUUAUGCGGCCGAGAUCUCACGCGUGGAGUGGCCUGUGCCGUCCGCGUGUCCAAGGCCCGGUCCAGGCCUGUCCCCGCCUGUCCCCGCCGGCCGCUCGACAGGACUGGACGAGCGCCGGGCCACGGGGGGAAUGCCAAAUGACACCAACUUGCCAUAAAGGGUGUGCGUGUGUGUGAGUGAGUUUCCCGGUGGCGAAGCGAGAAAUUAUCUCAGCUUUCUUCUGGGAUUCGAAUCUACGGUUAUGAUGCCAUACUUUGGUUGGCUGCGGUGCGCGGUCGUGUGAUAUUGUUCAGAGUUCUCGUGUGAUAUGUGGGCAGUGCGCUGGAGCCCAUGCCAGGUCUGCCCCUCAUUUUAACUUUUCAUCCCCAUUGAAAACCACAUCCACUAAAACGCUGAUCAGGAUCUGAGUGUAUCAGAUGGAUUCGUUUCGUAGAUUGUGGUAUACGUUUCAUAUGCGGAGCGCUUUGGAAUAGAGUUCGUUACUGCCAAACUGUUCUAGUUUUAUGGAGCUACAAAGAUAGCAAACUAGUAAGUAGUGGUUAUUAUUUUCUUGUGACCAUGCUUGGCAAAGUACCAAAUAAAUAAGGCAAGAGUA